AUGACAACCAGGAUGUGGUCCGGAGCAGUUCUUGUUAUUUUUUCUGUUACUGUGACAUUUGCCAUUCCUCCUGAUUAUCAAUUACCAAAAUUGAAAAAAGAUGGUAAACAGUGGGCUUUGCUUGUGGCUGGGUCCAAUGGCUGGGGCAACUACAGGCAUCAGGCAGACGUUUGUCAUGCCUACCAUAUAGUACGUAGCCAUGGGAUACCUGAGGAACAGAUCAUCGUAAUGAUGUAUGAUGACAUAGCCUAUAAUGCAGAAAAUCCCUACCCAGGGGAGAUAAUCAACCAACCAGGAGGUGAGAAUGUUUACAAGGGAGUGACCAUAGACUACAAAGGAAAGGAUGUCAAUCCAAAGACAUUUCUAGAUGUACUACAAGGAAAAGAAGAAAAUGUGAAGGGCGUUGGCAGUGGAAAAGUUAUAAAAAGUAACUCUGAAGAUAAUGUUUUUGUCAACUUUGUGGACCAUGGAGCACCAGGUCUCAUUGCCUUCCCAGAUCAGUUUCUUCAUGCCAUGGAUUUAAAUAUUGCCUUGGACCGAAUGCAUGAUAAUAAACAGUUCCAUCAGCUGUUGUUCUAUCUGGAGACAUGUGAGUCUGGAUCCAUGUUCAGCUCUUUAAUCCAGAAGGACUACAACAUUUUGGCCGUGACAGCUGCUAAUUCGACACAAUCAUCAUAUGCUUGUUAUUUCGACAAGAAGCGGCAGACAUACUUAGGAGAUUUAUUUAGUGUAAACUGGAUGCAGAAUUCAGACAAGCGUAAUUUGAAUUCUGAGACCAUUGAGGAACAGUUUCAAAUUGUUCGGAAGGAAACCAACCAGAGCCAUGUGAUGGAAUAUGGAGAUUUGGAAAUGAACCUGUUGAUGCUGUCAACCUUUUUGGGAUAUGAACAAGACAAUCACAUUGUUUUAGAUGCUCCAAACCCAAAUCUGGAUGCUGUUCCAUCAGAGGAUGUCAACAUUACAAUCCAAAGAUAUGUUUACCGCAUGGCGAAAGCAGAAAAUAAUGAGCAAGAAAUGGCAGAGAGUUUGGACAGGAUAAAUGCAAUUAUGAAGAAACGAGAGGAGACUGACAUUACUAUGAAACACAUUGUGUCACUCGUGGCUGGUGAUAACAACUUUCGGGAACAGGACCAAAUGUUGAUGGGUGAAAAUAACCUUUACAGGCAUGACUGUUAUGUCACUGUUGUUGAGUACCUGAAGGACAAAUGUGACCGUCUGGACCUUCCAUCAAACCGAUAUUCCCUCAAACAUCUUCGAAUAAUGGUAAACCUAUGUGAGCGUCCCUACUCAACUGACGCCAUCAUCAGUGCCAUAGACAAAGUUUGUCUGUGAGUCUGAUACAGCCAUGUUACCAGUGGAAGUCUCUCAGAUGAUGCCAAGUCUUCACAAUUUAUCACCAAUUUUAUGCUUAAAGGAAAUCCAAUUUAUUGUUAUGUAAAUAUACAGCAUGCUUAAAGGAAAUCUAUUUUAUUGUUAUGUAAAUAUACAGCAUGCUUAAAGGAAAUCUAUUUUAUUGUUAUGUAAAUAUACAGCAUGCUUAAAGGAAAUCUAUUUUAUUGUUAUGUAAAUAUACAGCAUGUAUAGUAUCUCAUUAGUCUAUUACCAGAAUAGUCUGCUCUGUUGCAGAUGUAGAAAAAUUGUGAUUGGUAAGAAAACUGAGAUCUCAUAUAUAAUCAACAAUUUUUUUAAAUGUUUUGGACACAAUCUUUCAUAAUUUCAAUUUUUAGUGUGGAGUUUUGAUUUAUGUGUGUAGAUAUUGAAAUCCCAUCUAUCUUGGCAAUCUGACAACAGCAGUGGUAAUUGUAAAACAGAAUCUUUGUUAAUUUAAUGUUAUGUUUCUUCCAUUGUUUAUUAGAUAUGGACAAUCUAGCAUGAUGCCAAUUUGUAAUUAGAUAAAAAUAAACCUGAAUCUGCAAUGGAUUAAAACCAUAUUGAUGCAGAUAACUUGUACUUUUUACAACAUCUUAAGCAACCAGACUAACAAAAGUUGUUAUCAGUAAGAAUAGAGUACUACGUCAUAUAUAUCCUUUGUAUAACACAAUGAUUUCAUGGCUAAAGAACUCAUGUUAUGUCCAGUGGCCUAUCAAACUUCAAUCUUGAUGCUACAAUAGAAUUACAACAUUGAAAUGACACUAGAUAUGAAAAUUUUCAAUGAAUGGCACCUGUUUUGAGAGAGUGUUUUUGAAGUAUCGUCCAAACUGUGAAGCAAUGAUAGCAGAAUAGGUUAUAGUAUAUAGAUUUUAUAAUUCAUGACAGUUUUUAUCACAUUUAUCCAACUCUAGCUCCGUAAUUACAAAAAGAUACAAAAAGACAGCCAGCCACAAUCCUAUCUUUUUGUAAUUUGAAAGAUGAGUUAGAUAAACUUUGAUAAAUCCUGUUGCUUGUGUUGUCUCUGUAAACUUUGAUAAAAACUGUUGCUUGUGUUGUCUCUUUAAAACAUAAAAUAACUACACAUAUGACAGCUGUAUAUUUACAUUGAUAGUAAUUUAUAUAUAUUAUUUUUCUUUGUAUUUUUACUUUAUUGUUGUACAUGAGUAUUCAUUUUAUUAGCUUUUUGUUAAUUGGUAAGUGAAUUCCCCAAUCUCUAUCAGGAUUGUAACUAAAUGUCCAAACAAUACAGACUUACAUGAUCUUAUUGGCACCUUUUGUAUGUAUAGCUAAUCUGUAGAUCUUAGUUUCCUUCAAGAAAUAUUUUGAUCUUUAAACCCAUUUUCUUCUUCCCAUUUUAUUAAUAUUAUUAUUGAUGGUUAACAGGCAUUUUGCUGAAUAAAUUAUCUUUCUACUUUUGUAAUAUAAUCAAAUAUGUUGUUAAUGCAAGUAUGGAUUAGGUCUCGAUUUUAGCCUGAAUGCAAACUCAUCUCGUUUUAAACCAUGUGAUAAAGAGCUCACAACUUAUUUGGUAUUCAGUUAAUUAUCAUACUGAUCUUGUUUAAAAUGGAUUUUAAAAGUAAGCUAGUUAAACAGUGUAUCCUUAAGAGUUUUUGUUUGAAGUUAUAUAAAAUUCUGGAAAAAUUCUUAAUAUAUGAUUAUGUUCCUUGUGAUGCCAUAGUAGAUGAAAUUAUAUAUUGUUAAUGAUGAUAUAAUUUUGUCAACAUGUCUAAUAUUUUCCAUCUUUUGUAUAUAUUGUCUCUCAAGGAAUUUGAACAUUUUUAUGUAACACUGGAAUUUGGAUCUUAACAACUUUACGGUAUAUUUUAUCAUAAGAUUUUGUGUGGCUUGUUCACAGUGUGAAAAUAGAUCAGAGAAAAGGCAUGUCAUCUGAAUGGGUAUUUUCUGGAAUUAAUUCAUAAAUGUCUUUUUCACCAUUGACUAGUUUGAAAUGUCAUUUUUCUUACAGCUAUAGUUUCAAUAAUUUUUUUUUAUCUAUCAGUUUAUUCACUAAAUACAUGAAUAUGUUUUCCGUCAACUAGUGUUGUUAAAUAAAAAAACUCUACCGGGUCAUUAACCAGAUUUCUAUGAUGCAUUUAAACAUUAUGUAGUAAUGUGGAAUUAUGUAAAUUGCACUUCAAUGAAAAUAACAUGGAGAAAUCAAAGUAAGUAGUGUGAAAAGCUAUGAUAUAUUAAGAUAUCAAGGACUAUGUCAUCAAGCAUGUAAUAAUGUAUUUUGUGGUGUGCAAUAAUCUAUGUUAUUUUACAGAUAUUUUCCAUACAUUCCUUAUUACAAUGUGUACAUGAACACUUUUGUCAAAUUUCUACCAGAGUUGUCGUUCCUUACACUUAGUACUACAGAGUGUAGGCUCCGACAUCAGAUCGUUCAAUCAAGGUUGAUGUAAAACCAGAAGACUUAUUGUCUGCAAAUAUAUGCUGUAUAUAUAUAUAUAUAUAUAUGCCAUAUACUGAAUAUUUUGUGAUAGCAGCAAAAUGAAUGUAGCAAUCCCUUGUGUUUAAGAGGUUUUUCUGAAACCCACCAAAUUAUUUUUUUAUUAAAUUUGACAUACAAAGA